GCCAUCUCAGCGAACUUACAGCAUUGGACCGGCGCGCGUUUACUAUGUGGCAGGUAGAAUGCGACACGUGAAUGAUUUCGCCACCUGUCGCAUCGUUGGCUACAUACACAAGUUAUGAGGUUGCGACUGCGGCGAAGAAAACUGUGAUCAGGAAGGCGUCGUUUAAAGUCGCUCAGCGCGAAGCAUGCAAGCCAUAACAGGCUGACGAAGCUCCCUCUCAGGAUGGGGGAAACAGACUGUCAGCAACGCAGCAGUGACUUGCCGUUCGAGCCCUCGAGUCAAUCCGAGUCAUCCGGGACCCGUUUCAUCGCGCAAAGCUUUCUCCCGUCGGCGUCCAGCCAGCUGCUCUACGCGAAACGCGAUAAAAGUACACAGUACUCGAGGUUAGAGAACGAUCGACGGUCUUCCCACACCCUGUUCGCUCUACCGUUGAAGCUUCUUGGAGUGCCACUUGCCACUUAGCCAUGGCGGGCCUUCGUUUCGUGCGCUUCGAUGACCCGCACGCCUUCCUGGCGGAGUCGAAGGACUUCGACGACAGCUUCAUGAACUUCGGCCUCGGGUCGCUGUACGACUUCUUGUCCGGGGCCUCGACCCAAGUCGUUUCUGACGCGCCCCUGCGCAUGUUCGCAGUCUACCGAGGGAAGGAUCUAUUGAUCACACUGCACACGAACAAAACGAGUCGUUUCUGGGUGCUGUCUACGCCGUGCCCCGCGCACGAGGCGCUCACGGGCGACCCCGAGCUCCUAGCCUCCGCAACUGCCCUCCUCGCCCACUCCGUCCUCGCAGAACCCGCAGACCCAGCCGCGCUCGACAAAGUCUGCGGCCCGCCAGAGGCCGUCAACGCCUUCCUCGCGACGUGGACCGCCCUCCUCCUCGCCCACCACAACCCCGUCAAGCUCCUCGACGGCAACUUCGACACCCACGUAUCAUACGCGACCAAGACGUCCCUCCCGCCCCUCCCCUCCCCGCCCUCUCCAUACGUAGUCGAGCUCGCGACGCCCGCGGACCUCGAGCCCGCCGCGGCGCUCUACCAGGACUUCCAGGCGAACGCCCCGUGGAGGGCCGUCCUCACCAAAGAGCAGGCGAUGGCCGCGCUCGCCGACCCGCUCGCCGCACGCCUCCUCUGGCUCUGCCGCCUGGAGCCCGACGGACCCCCGGCCGCCUACGUCGCCCUCGGGCGCGUCACCCCGCGCACGGUCGCCAUCAGGAACGUGUACGUCGCCCCGGCGUACAGGCGGAGGGGCGUCGCGGAGGCGGCGGUGCGUGCGGUCACGCGGUAUUACCUGGGCGCGCCGCCGUAUGGCGUCCGCGGGGUGCCUGACGGCCCGCCGGCGUGCGGGGUCAAGGAGGAGGUGAACUUGAACGUCGGGGAUGCGAGUGCGGAGGGAGUGUACAGGAGGAGCGGCUUUUUGUUCCCGAGUGGGUAUGGGGAGGGUGCGCAGGGCGGCGUGGACCCUGUUACUGGUCGAUGGGCUUGGCAACGGUCCAUUUUGGUAGAGGUCAAAAUCGACACUGAGUCGUGAAGCAAAGACAUCGAUUCGGGUACAUGAUGUAGCGAAGAUAUAUGGACUUGGCUUGCACGUUGCAUGUUAAGAUGAUCGAUGCAGUUCUGGGAACCGAGAAGAC